AUGUUCAACCCCGGCAUCAUCUACAUGCUUGCCAGCGUCUUUCUCUUCGCCAUCGCCGUCGUCAUCCACUACCACACAAACCACCUCUCCCUCCCCCUCUCCCCCAUCAUCACCAUCCUCAGCAUCAUCCUCCCCAUAACCGCAUUCCUCAACGCCUACAUAUACCCGAACCUCCUCCGCUCCUCCCACACCUUCACGUCCGGCAGCAUCGCCACGCGCCUCGCCCCCGUCGUCCUGCAGGGCCUGCAGGCCAUCGUCACCGCCGUCCUCGCCACCCUCCUCUUCGAAGGCGUCGUCCCCUCCCCCGCGCUCGCCUUCCUCAUCGACUACGAGUGGGACAAGCUGUACCAGGCCAAGGACGCCGACUACAUCAUGCUCAUACAGAACACCUACGACUGCUGUGGCCUGAACUCCGUGAGCGACAGGGCCUAUCCGUUCUUCUUCGUGCCCGGCGGGAGCUGCGCCGAGGUGCACGCCCGGACGAGGCCGUGCAGGGAGCCGUGGACGGCGGCGCUGCAGGUUGCGUCGGGGAUCGACUUUGGGGUGGUGCUGGUGGUGGGAUUGAUGCAGAUGAUUGGCCUUUUGAUCAUGCGCGAGAGGACGGCGUGGUGGACGGCGCUGCGGACGGAGGAUUGGAAGCCGUUUAGUGAGACGGAUGACGAGAGUGCGAGACGGCUGUUUACUGUUCCCGAGGAGAGUGAGGAUUCCUCGGAUAGGGGGGAGUCGAGACGCGGGUAUGGAGCUGUAGAGGCUGUUGCUGGACCGUCUGACGAACAACGAGUUGAUGGGUGA